AUGGUUCUCUUACCCGAGACGCCACCGCCCGUGUCGCCACCGCCGCCGCUGCCGAGCGAGGGCAGUUCGGAGGAGCGCGAGCAGCAGCAGCAGCAGCAGCUCCCAGCAACCACCACCCCUCCUGAGCCGGCGCCUGGCCCAGCCCCCGUCCCGUCUGCCGCCGCGCCGUCUGCCCCUACAGAGCACCACGAUGUUCCUCACCACCGCACUGCAUCACCGGAGAACGCAGAGAUGCAGCAGCAGGAGCGCGUGGACGCCAGCACAAACCAUCCACUGGCUCCCAACGCCGAAAGCGCGUCAUCACGUCUGAGCGAGCCGCCGCUGUCGCAUGAAGCGUUUCCGCCAAGCCAGGCGAACGAGAUGUUCACAGCAUCGUUUGAAGCAUUUCUCGGUCCCUCGUGGAAGUUAAAGUCAAGCGACUCUCUGAGGCUUCGAUGUGGCGAUUUGCAAGCACUCGGGAUGCACUCGGACGUUGUGCUUCACCACUUGUCAACCACCGAAAAGGGAGUGUCGCAUUUCGUCACACACAUUGUGAUUCCACGCGCACGGCUUUUGCAGUAUUUGAAGACCACCGGCAACGUUAUCACGUACAAGUAUUUUGUCCAGCGUCAAGACAAUAAAUUCACAUGGGAGUUCCUUUACCGAUCCCCGAAGUUGUCCGACCGCCUUCUCCUUCUGGACAAUGCUGUUGUCGAAAGCGGAUCUUUCAUUCGGUUUGAUGGGCCACUGGUGCCAAUGACGGACUGGUAUUCCUGGAACCAGGAAAUGGAUGCGGACUCGGUCGCACCUGCAGUCACUCUUGCUGUCAAUUCCAUGCUCUGGGCGCGAUUGACGACGGAUUCACUUCCAGACUUGAUUAGUCGUGCAGAGGACAUCUGCACGGGCUUCUCCGAGCAUCAAGUCCGUCUCCACUACGAAAAUGGUAGUGGGAUCGAAAAGUAUCACGUCUCGCACAACCGGAUCUGCGACGCGGUGUCAAAUGCCCUUCUGGAUUACUGCAAAGCCACCAUUCUCAACCGGCGGAAGCCAAAUUCGAGUGACGCUUCUGCAAGCAGCUUCGGCAAACGAUUCUUGUCCUUGUUUUCUUCCACUCAGGCGACCGACUCCAACACCAUCCCUGAUUUGGUUGAGGCGAUUCUCAUCGCUGCAGUUUUGCGCCAAUGUCGAUUCAGCGGCCUCGCCGCGGAUGACCUCAGCUACAUCCUGAACGCACUGGAGAUCAAGAACCGCGACGACUUGCUGAACUUUAGAAGCGUGUUCGGGUCCUCGGCACGAUUGCCCGGCAAGCACGGGCUCAAGUCUGUCAUCCAAGCCGUAACUGCGCUUUGCAACGUUGGGUUGGACGCUGGCAACCCCGACUGGCUCGUGGCCGUCCCCCUGCUCAAUUUUCUUGCUGGGAUGCAACACUCUACUCCUGUCGACGGUCUGGGAGAUCUUCGUGUUGACGGGUUCAAUGCCCGACACCUCAAAAAAGAGUUGAGUUCUACGAGUGCCCUCGCCAUCCGGUUUAAGUCGAACUGGGUGCGUGUCUAUACCUCAGCCCAGCCUUUCGACCGAAACAUUGGAGUCACAUUGCUCAUGUUUACACCACUGUGGCUCUGGCACGACGAUGCAAUCCAAAGUCGCAUUUCCAUCCUGGAGUGCUUGCAUGUCUUGAUCCGAGUCGUUGAACAUUCGGCAGUCACGCACGACAGAAUCGAGGAUUUGGAAAUGUACAUGACCUAUUUGGCCAACAGACUGUCCAGUGGUCCCAUCACUUUUGAGCACUCUGCGGCGGCGCAGUUGCUCGUUCACAACAUACUGGCUGCGCCCAUCACUCACCCAGACGUUCAUUUGCGCGUCGUUCUCGGUUCCAUCAAUCUGCAGGCCGAAAUGAUUAAAGCCAGAUUCAAACUGUUGCGUGACAUGGGCUCUGGUCCAGUGGGUCGCAGCGGCGAAGGUCUUCAGCUGGUCACCUCGCCUGCCAGUGCUUUGUCUGUCGAGCAAGAGUUGUAUGAAACUCAGCGCAUUUUGACAAUGUCGGUCGAAGCGUUCUUCCGCUGGUUGCAAGAGGCUUCUCAAAUGCUUGUACACUCUGGCCCUUCUUACGCGUCUGCAGCGGCCGCUGGAGCUCGUGCUGCUCCAAGCGACAAAAAUGUCGAUCCUCGAAGCAACUUGUUGAACGUUCUCGCGUGGUGGAAUGAGAUCUUUGACGCUGAUGCAGCAGAGAGCGCUUGCAAGCUCGUUUUUGACCAGCCGCUUUAUCACGCUGCUGUUGCGACUGGGCCGAAUGUGGCCGACACCAACUCUGGACCAUCCUCGACUCAACCUUUCAUGGGCGAGCACGCACCCACAUCAAGGCCGCAAUGGUACACGACAGCCCACGACUCGUUCGUGCGGUGGCUCAGCACUCGCUUUGCCAGCUCUCCCGACAAUGACCAGCGAUGCAUCCAAAUGUUUGCAGAGAUUUCAAUCUCCAACAAUGCUCACGUGCGCAUGCAUCCGUCCAUGCAGCUGGCCAUCCAAGAGUGGUGUCGCGCAGCGGUCACUCGCAACCAGCCGACGGCUUCCGCCGAUCAACGUGCUGCUGCUGCUGCUUGGGCGAACCAGUACAAGCUCGUCACGUUGCUGCAGUCGCACGUGGCCGAAUUCAAGUCUCUCCCGCCUUCUGCCAUUCUCAUCUUCCGGUUGGAUGUACUGGAUCUUUUGAGCAAGAUCCUCGAGUCGUUCGGGACGAACAUCGACCAGCUGAAUUCUCGCAGCGCUUUGAAUCUGGUCCUGGAUUGGCCGUGCUGGCAGGUGUACUUUGAGCUGGCGAGGCUUUGCCCAUCCCAAGAUCCAGUCGUCCCCACUCUUUCGCCUGCUUCGUGGAAAAUUGUCGACUCUGCAAUCCAGAUUCUUUCACAGGCGAGUCUGAUGUUGGAAACUUGCACCAUUCCCUAUGCCGAGUAUCGCCUGAUUGCUGACAAACAAGCCCAGUUUACCGAGCUGCUGGCGAAAGGCUACACUUGUGGGUUUCACCAGUUUUCCUCCAAUCCAGCGCCGAGUGUGAAAGCUUGGUUGGCGCAUUGCGACAGCAUUGUUGAACAGCAUACUCGUCGCCGUGGUCUGCACGAGACAUUCGCGAGAGUGUGCGAGCUUUUCGAAACUGAGGACAUUGUCCUCGAUUCCGCUUGGCUCAAGGGUCUUUUGCGUCUCCAAGUUGGUACCUCAACCAUUGAGCGGCUCUCGACACAAUUUGUCGCUGUUUCGCACGAACAGUCUCUGCAACGCUCGACCCUCACGGUUCUGCAUAUCGUCACUUGGCUUCUUGCUCGACCGACCGAUCCUGUCACGAUCAGCUUCCGACAGUCUCUGAAGAGUGCAGCUCGCUCCUGGCUCGAGCUUGCACAACGAGAGAACUCUGUGGCGGCACAGUUCAAGCGUGCCGUUGCCCUGGCUGCUGCUUCCUCCUCGGAGUCGGCUGCUUCCUCAUCUGCAGCAUCUCAGGCCUCGUCGUCCUCCUCGUCUGCAGGCCCGUCUGCGUCGACUCCCGACUCUGCUUCGGCACAUGACCCCAAAAAGGUUUCUACCGAUGUGGUCGAACGUCUCCUUCUUGAUGUCGUUCAUGAGUGGGCUGAAUAUGCUGAAAAGGUGCGCGACGCAACCGUGACGUUUGCCGAGUUGGACGCCAAGAUGGAGGGAGAAGAGCAGCUUGAAUUUUUGUGGAAGUGCUUCUCGCCCGACUUGCUUCGCUUCUUGCGGACCCCCGACUCGCAAAAGCCCGAACGCAGGUGGGUUCCUUCUGACCGGUUGCCUGACGGUCUCCCGCUUGUCGAUUCCGGCAGAUUAUCGAGUCGUCAGCGCCAAAUCCACCAAUACAGAGCACUUCGUUCUGUGCGCCAGGCGGCCAAAGCGGUGAACACGCUUUGCAACACCCUCGAACUGCAAGACCUUGUCCGAGACGAUCCGAGCUGCGCAUUGUUGCGCGAUCUGUGCGACGACGCUGACAACGUCGCCAAGCGCCAGCUCGGGUUUAUGACCGACUCUGUCCAGGCGUCCGCCGGCGAGCUCGCCUCGCUGGACGAUGGCGACAUUGCGUGUAUCAAGGUGAUUGCUACUGUCGCGGGCCGCCCGAGCGGGUUGAUUUCGUUUUUGCGCGACCCGAAUCUCCAGGGUCAACACAACUUUGAGAGCUUCAUCUCGGUCUGCAACAGCAUGGUUGAACACCGCGACGAGGUUGAUGCGAUUUCAUGGCUGCAUGCCGCUCAAACUGUGCUGGCUCCCUUUUUGGAGCUGUGCUCAAAGUACGGUCAAGCGAUGCGUGUUGUCGAUGGCUCGUUUUGGAAGGAUCUUGCCGCUGCCUUGCGCCAAAUGAAGCAGACCGUGAGAACCACGGCCGAUGUUGCCCAAAAGGUCGAGUCCGCCGCUGACAAGCUAACCUGGAUUCGAAACCUCAAAGACAGCACGCUGAACGAUGUGACAGUUACCUCGAUUUCGCAGGUUCACACAAUUGCAAAGGCUGGUUUGUGCAUCGUCGGAUCCAAGCCGCCUGCGGCUGCCGAUAGUGGUGACGGUUCUGCGAUUGAUGGCAGUGGCCCUGCACGGAAAUCGCACGUCCUCCCAUUUGACCUGGACGCCGUUGGCGAUUCUGACGACCCCGAGGAGUGCGUGUGGGUCCGACUGGAUGGCGAGCACGCGCAUCGCUCGAACAAGGGUUUCUUUUCUCAUCACGCGCUUCGAGAUCUUCAGAGCAAGCUCAUGCUCGUGUCCAGCUCCGACGAGAAGUCUGAGGCAAUCAAGAAGGAUGUGGACAAGUUCGUUGAAGUGAUGCAUCUGCUUUCUCGCAUUGCGCGCUUCGUCACCCAACUCCGGCUUGCUGGCCACCUGUCGUAUCGUACCUUUGAGUGGACUGCAAGGUACUCUGAGCUGGCAGACAAUCCCCAUCUUCUCACGGAGCAGGCGCGUCACCUCGAAAACGCGUUGCGCGAUUGGCAAAAGUCAAUGGAGGAUCUUCGCCAAACAAACCCAGCUCUCAAUGUGUUCACGACACGACAGCUCGUCUUGUUGCACGACUUGCUCGCAGCCCAUGGCGAGCACCGUCCCCCAGCUCUUCCGUACGAGCUGUACAACCUACUUCGAGCGGUUCGCAGCGACCUGACCGCGAAGCAGAUGGGGAGACUGGUUCAAGACUCGGAUGCGGUGGUUUUGUUCGCAAAAACCGUGCGAGACCAACUGCUGUGGCAACAACAGCAAGAGAGCCAAGUUGGGCGGCAGCGCCCCGCUCGACGGUCGCGUAAGGUGCAAUCUCGAGUACCCUCUCGCCGCCAGCGCGAAAAGUCUGCAGCAGCAGCUUCUGUGCAAUCUGCAACCCGAAGUUCUUCAGCUCCUUCGGCGAACACGCAAAUCUUGGAGCUCACGCAGAUGGGUUUUGAUCACGGAAAGAUCGUUUGGGCCUUAAAUGAGCUCGGCGAGCAUCGCACCACCAAUGACCUCGUCAACUGGAUUAUUGAGAGGCUUGACCACGAUCUACCAGCCCAGUUUGCCUCCGCAGCAGCCGAGGCUGCCGCUCCCGCACAGUCCUUUGCUGCACCCUUCGACCAAUACGAUGUCGACGACGGCGACGCCAAUGUUGACGACGACAGCAAUGCUGACGACGACGACGACGACGACGACGACAGCAGCGUUGACGACGACGCCAGCGACGACAGCGACGACCAUCUUGACGGCGCUGGUUGUUCGUGGGAGUCAUGGUGGACUUCGGAGCCUGCGAAACCCGAGUACUCCGUCCGUGCUGAAGUCAGCAAAGAUGGAGUGGAGAGGGUGCGGGUGACUCGUGCUGCGAGUGACAACGCCGAAGACCCCGAAAGUGGCGAGCCGGACGAAAUGGCUGACUUGCAACGUGCUAUCCAGCUGUCACAGGCUGCCGUGUCUGAGCAUGAAUUGAUCCAGCAAGCCGUUAAAAUCUCACUCGGUGAGCAACACCCCGGCACCGGUGAUGGCAAGCCACGCACAGGCAACGCAGAGUUUGCAAGCGGUGUGAACUUUAUCCAAGUUCUUGCAAGGCUUUUGACGAGGAUUCAAGACCAUACCGCUUCUGAGAAACCCACAUCCCUUGUCCGACCUCGCCGCACGUUCCCCAAGUCUGGGCUUUUCCAUCUUGGUCGUCCAAAUUUGCUGGUUUGCCCCCCAAAGGACAUGUACUACAAUCUUCUCUCGUUGUACCUGCGCGACCCCACACAAGAGACAGACAGUGGCGCUGCUGCUGAGGAGGCUGCCCUGCCAACUGCUGACGAGGUGUUGGUUUGUUCUGCCUCGACCACUGCCGAGCAAGCUCUGAAUCUGAUCCGACGAGCGGAGGAAGCGGGCAAAGGCGCGAAAAGUGGCGAGCAACCGCUUUAUUGCCUCGCAUUCGCCGACCAGUUGCCGUUUGCAGUACAGGACGAGGUGGUGCACAAGUUGCGCCUCAUCGACGCUCCAACGCGCACUGCCGACCGCUCGCCUACGGGUUUCCAACUGGUCAUCCUCGUGGCCAAUGGAUCGAGCUACGUUGCUGGUGCUUUGGCGCGCUAUCGAGUGGCUGGAUUCACUUGUUCAUCGCCUGCUCACCUUCAGCAAAGCUUGAGCGUUUCGAUUCAGCAAGCGCGAAUCUCUUCCAGACUCGAAAGCGAUGGCAUCCCCAAUGUCAUUGUUGUCACGGCUGAGAGGUCUGGUAUGGGCAAAUCCUUGAUUGCAGGGCGACUGGGCGAGCGCGUUCAGUCCGCGUGCAAGCAUCGUGCGUCGGAAAAGGUGCUCUCGCUCCGUGGAGCGUUCACGAAUGAUGACAUUGUGAAUGGCCUGGUUCCAGAUCACAAACCGCACGCCUCCACGCCGCGCGUGUACCGCUUGGAUUUGGUUGGCAGAGUCACAGAGGCGACCCGUUUGUCUUCUACCGUUGCCAGCCAGGCUGGUCCAGCAGCAGCAGCAGCGAAGCCUGGUUCCUCCUCGUCGGCUGGCUCUGCACAGGGUGCCGCAUCCGCUCCACCUCCCUCAACCUCGCCCAGCGGUCGGCAGAUGGUGUCGGCGAUUGGCGACGACAUUUCCAUGCACUUGUUCAACCUGCUCAUCCUGGGCUGCAUCCAAGGGUCAGAUGGCCGACUCCGACACCGCUUGCCUCAAGAUGUGUUUAUCGUCGAAGCUGAUUUGGCCGCGUUGUUGAUCGGUGCAACAAAGCAAGUCGAGUCUGACGCCAUCCCUGACACCAACCAGAGCAACAGCCAGAACCACAACAACCAGAACAGCAACCACAACCACGGAAGCUCGUUUGAAUAUCAGCCCUCGGUUUUGGGUCUUCUACCAUGCCUUCGGGGCACAUCGCCCUUCGACACGUGUCGUUUCAUGCAAGGCUUUAUCGAACUUCACGCUUCGCUCAAGACGGCUGGCGAGAGCGCGGAUUCCGUCACAGCGCGCAUGCUGAAGCAACUGCGCCAUGCGCACCGACAACUGGCCUAUGCUGAGCUUGUGAAUGUGCAUGAAAAGCUCCAACUCGAGUUGGUUACGAUGGCCCUUUCCGAUCUUGUGCGAUGCGAAAUGCAAUUCCAGCGCGUUGUCGACUACCUGUCGAAGCUUGGUAAAAGUGCGGCAUUCAGCCAUCGCGAGCGAUUGCUGAAUGUCAAGAUUCCGCUGGAGCUGUGGGACACGACCAGAGUUGAUGGUCUUGCAGCGGCAGGCCAAUUUGUCACCUCUGUGGUGACCGCGUUCACCGACGGUGCAGCUGCCUUGAAGGCGCUGUUGAAGGAUUGCGGCAUCUCUAACCCGUCUUGGACCUUGAUUAGCUGCUUUUCGAUGGUUCUCGGCGUCUGCCUGGUUGAAGCUCAAUCAUCGCCCUACUGUUCUCCGGCGUUGGCCGAUGACUUGCCUGGCUUCCGCGAGUUUGUUUUCAAACUUCUCGUCUUGGUCGCUCGAGACUUUGCAACACCGUCACUAAGCUUCGUUCAACAGUUUAGUCACUUGGCUUCCAGUUCUCAGGAUGGGAGCCGUCCAGCGAGCGGCUCGAGCGCACCUGGUCCUCUCGCAAGUGGGCUUGAGCUUGCCGACUUUCAGGUCCGACACGCCUGGGAGGACUCUUCGCACCCCUACGUGUUUUUUAACGGAGGUGGUAGCGGCACGGUGACAUUCUUUGGCUUCCAAGUGGAUGAAAAUCGUGACGUUAUCGCCCCUCCUGGCUUGCUGGUGGGCGACCGCGCUCGGCCUCUUGGACUUGACAAAUUGUCUCCUGAGCUGGUGCAAUCACUUCAGAGGAACGGAGUCGAUCUGCGACCAGCGUACAACCAGUGGCCCCGAGAAUACCAAAUUCGCAUUCUCCGCCUCGUGAUGGGCGUGGCGCACUUGGCGGAUGGUCGCGAUCCUGACCCAAGUUAUGUGCUCAACGUGGACAACAUGAAAAAGCUCAUUGCUGUUCAUCUCCGGUUCCUUAGCCGCACCGCCGUCGUCUUGCUUGGCGAAACGGGUUGUGGAAAGACGACUCUGAUCAAGUUCAUGUGCGACUUGAAAGGCAGCGAUUUGGUGUUGCUGAAGGUGCACGGUGGAAUUUCUGAAGCCGACAUUAUUGCAGCUGUGGAGCGAGCUGAGGCGAUUGCCGAGUAUCGCUGCAGCCGAGGAGAUGAGCGCGACACUGUUUUGUUCCUGGACGAGGUCAACACGUGCAACCAUCUCGGGUUGAUCAAGGAGCUCCUCUGCGACGGCCGCAUUGCUGGACGUUCAAUCAACUCCAACCUCCGUCUGCGCAUUGUUGCAGCGUGCAACCCGUACCGUCGUCAUACCGACGAGCGACUCAGACAGUUGCAGCAAACGGGCCUCGGCUAUCACGUUGCGUCGGAUCGAGUGGUCGAGAAGCUGGGGCAUGUGCCGCUGCGCCAGCUGGUGUACGCUGUCCACCCAUUGCCCGAGAGCCUUGCGACGUUUGUCUGGGAUUUCGGCAAGCUCGACGCCAUUGCGGAAGCGGAUACCAUCCACCAAAUGGUGGCUACACGCCUGAUUCCGCUGCUGGUCGGGUCGAUGCCAAACGACAACGAGGAGGUUCAGAACGCCGCUCGCCUCUUUGCCAAGUUUAUCAUUGCGCCCGCACUUGUUGCUUCGCAGGUCUACAUGCGCGAGCAAACUGACGAAUGUGGCUUUGUGUCUCUGCGCGAUGUCGACCGAGCAAUCGAAAUUGCGAGUUGGUUUAUCAAUCGCACUUGGCUAUUCACCGAGUUUGCCGACCAGGUGGAAAUGGCUCCCAAUCACUCGUUCGCUUCCGGAUUUGGGCGGAAACGCGCACCCCCCUCGUCUGCCUCCACUUCGUUGCCCGACCGCGUCAAACACUGGACCCGGUGCUUGAUUCUGGCGCUUGCUAUUGGAUACCACGCUCGUCUCUCAGAGAGGGAGCGCCGGCAGAAGUACCGAGAGCAUGUCAGCCAAGCGCUUCAAUCCGGUGGUCGGAAGGCAGUUCAAAGCGCUCGCGUUGCCGCUGCAUUUAGCAUCGAGCAACACACUUCCGCGGUCACCGAAGCCAGUUUCUUGGGUGAAGUUCGUCGAAUGCAAUGCGCCUUCUUGUCUCAAAUGCCGCUUGGCGCACGGAUUGCCCGCAAUGAUGCGCUCGCCGAAAACGUGCUCAUGAUGAUCGUGUGUGCUGAGCAGCGCAUCCCCCUCUUCCUCGUGGGCAAGCCAGGAAGCAGCAAAUCUCUUGCCAAGGCGGUAGUCGCCGAUGCCAUGCACGGCGCAGCUUCACAAAGUCCCUUGUUCCAGCGACUCAAGGCACUCAAGCUUUUCUCGUAUCAGUGCUCGCCCUUGUCGACCUCCGAGGGUAUUGCAGGAACAUUCGAACGAGCCAUUCGGUUCCAGGAGGGCCGUGGCUCUGACCAAUGCGUUUCCCUUGUGUGCUUGGAUGAAAUUGGUCUUGCCGAGGACUCGCCGAAGCUGCCGCUCAAAAUCUUGCAUUCGCUGCUCGAGGAGCGACAGGCGUCUUUCGUGGGCAUUUCGAACUGGGCGCUUGAUCCCGCCAAGCUCAAUCGCGGACUGUUUGUGAGUCGCACCGAGAUGACUGUGAGCGAGCUCGAGGAGACUGCUCGCGGCAUCUGCUCGACCUCUGGAGUCUCUGGAGCCGUGGACUAUCCUCAACUCGCGCAAGUCCUUCCAUUCCUGGCGGAGGCUUACUAUGAGCUGUAUGAAAAGCAGCAGAAGGGUGCUUUCCCCAGCUUGCGUCCUGACUACUUUGGCCUGCGAGACUUUUACUACUUGAUCAAGAUGCUGCUAAAGCAGUUGCGAGAGCAGGACCAAGACAACCUGAAAUGGGCCGACAUUGAGCGUGCAGUGCGCCGCAACUUUGGAGGAAGCGACGAACACGAGAUGCACCAGUUUGUCGAGAUCUUCCGCCGCAACAUCCAAGCACAGCUCGACCACCUGGCCGUUCUUCAUCAAGAUGUGUACAGUUCUGGCUCCCGCGCCGCUGAGGCUCAACCCGACGAUUUGGAUUUCAACGAGUCCUCCGACAACAAUGUUCUCAGUCUCGUGCAAGCAAACCUCGCAUCAACACGCGCCGAGCAGCGCAGGGGCGGCGGCAUGAUGACGCUCGGCGAUUCUCGCUACUUGUUGCUUCUGACGGACAACUACUCGGCGUUCGACAUUUUGUUCAGCAAUGGCAUCCUGAACGAGAACGAAACGGUUGUCAUUUUUGGAAGUCCGUUCCCCAACGACGACUCUCAAAUCCAAAUCUAUCGCAACAUUAACAGGAUCAAGAUGUGCGCCGAAACGGGUCGCACAGUGGUGCUACUCAACCUGGAAAGUCUGUACGAAUCCUUGUACGACCUGCUCAACCAGUUUUACACUGUGUUCCACAACUACCAGUACGUCGAUCUGGGCCUUGGUACCAACCGCGUCAAGUGUCGCGUCGAUCCCGGAUUUCGCCUGGUGGUCGUCGCAGAGCGUCAGAAGGUGCUUCAGAUGUUCCCGAUUCCUCUCAUCAACCGUCUCGAAAAGCACAUUUUGAUGCUGUCUGUGGUCUUCUCGUCUGAAAAGCAGCAUCUGCAAACGGUUGUCAGCGAGCUUGCUCAAUGGGUCAAAGACUUUUGCUCGGGUCGAAUGCCGGCCCAAGUUGGCAACGCUGGUGCUGGUCCUGCACCGCCUUGGCAGCUGGCGGCGUCCGAUGCCUUUGUUGGAUUCUGUGACGAUCUCAUCCCAUCGCUCGUCAUCCGCGUGGCCCGCCACUUGAACGCAGACUGCUUGUUGUUCAAGCCGCGGAGUGGCUUUGAGCUGGAGGGUCUGUCGACGGAAUUGCUCGAGCAGUGCAAGCUGGCCAUGCUUGGCUUGGCAACGCCGGACGCCGUCAUUCGGUUGAAUCACUCCAAUCUCAGGGCUGAAGCGGACAAAUGGCGUGAGACGUACUUUACACAGCAGCCGCAUUCAAGUUUGGCCGACGCCAUUCACGCAAUCACCCAAAAGCCGUCCAGCGCGCUGCCAUCGGUGAUUUCGACUCACAGCAAGUCCGAGAAUCUGGAGGCUGUUGUUCAAACCUUGCAAGGUGUGGAAACCACUUGGCUGGAUUUGCGACAGCACGACUCAGAGCUCGGGUUUGUGCAAGCCAUCCACAGGUUUUACCGUGCCGCAUUACGCACGCUGGCCGACUAUUGCGAAGACCAGCAGAGUCUCAAAGCGGGCAUUGCCAUGUCUCUUGGCCAGAAUUGCGACUCUACGUCCGACACCAGCUCUCUUGACCCAGCACCUCCCUGUCUUUUGCUGGUGCAGUGUGAUGCCUCGGUCGCCAGCCCCAACCUUCUGCCUUGCGUCCGCCACAUCCUUCAUCGUGAGCGUACUGCCUUCCUGGCCGAGACCGACGUACAGCAAGUUGUCGGCAAACUCCCCGACCACCGACGACAGAUGCAGAACGCGUACAUCGUCUUGCUGGUUCAUGCUCCGCGUGGCGCGGCCAACCAUUCGUUCUCUGCAUCGUUUACGUCUGUCCAGUUUGCCUUCCACGUUGACAGUCUUCUUCCCCCGUCAGCAGAGAAUUUGGACGAAGUAUCCCUGCUCUAUGGUCGUGUCCAUUCCAUUCACGACCUCUUCGCCGACGCAACUGGCUCCCAGCCCGAUGCAGUUUUGCGCGACCAUUCUGAAUCUGUUCACGAUCUGCUGGAUCCGGUGACUCUGAUUCGCCACGCAAUUCACCCGGCGCUCGCCAAGCUUGAGCUUAAGCAGUUCCGCAAGCACGUGGAAGAAGCGGCAUUGAGUGAUCCUCACACAACCUUGACCCAGUUUGUUGGUUUCCGGAUUCGCCUGCUUCUCGAGUUGACGAGCACGGACGAGCCGUUCAUCUCCGCUCUGCAGUCACGAUUCCUGUUGCUGAUGCGAGAUCGACAUCAACGGUCAUCAUCCGACGUGUCUGCGCAAGCACAACAGCAAGUGCGUUCAAGCGCCUGGCUGAGCUCAAUCGCCAUGCAGUUCAACCUGCUUCACGAAUGCGGCACUUUCCGAGCCGCAUUGUGGCGCACCUUGCUUGAUCGAGCGGAAACCAUGCUUGCCUCGCUUUUGGCUCUCGUCGAUUCGUACGGCAAUCUCUCUCUUCUGGCCGGCUAUGUCCCCGAGGUGAAUGCAGACGAUGCUCUGAAUGCACGUGCUGCUGAUCGUUUGAAGAAGUCGGUGCUCAACCCGAGGGAGCAGAUUGGGCGAGCCUCACUCCAUCCAGCUCGACACCUCGACGCGAUGCGUGGAGUCAUCCGUCGUGUCUGGUGCGGUCUGUUUGCCUUGGAUCGCGUGACCUCACUGAGCUCAGUGGCUGACCAUCUCGAGCGAAGCGAAGGCUUCCGUCCUCUUGCCGUUUUCGCGCUCAGCGACAACAGGAUUUUCAUCAACCGCUUCCCGUUCAGUUGGAAGGUGUUUGAGUUCCUCAACUCGCUGUACAAGUUGGCUCAAGCGCGCUCGGUCGGUACAGCGGUCGAAGUACAGAAGUCGGUCUGCGACAUCAUGCUGAGCGCGACAGCCGCACGAGACGGCGCCAUCGUUGCCGAUGUGUUUGACCAUUGCCAUCCAGGGCAAGAUCCUGCUGUGCUCGCGUCUUUGGUGAAACUGUACCAAUUGGACGCGCUGGAACUUGCUCUGCACGGCUCAUCGCUCGCUGUGCACAAGAAUUCAAGACUCUACGAUGCAAUCGCUCAGCUCUUACUGGGCUGGACCUCUUCUUGCUUGCCGGGCUCCGAUCGAGUGUUACCGGCACUCGUGCGUGCUCAAGUCGCGAUUUCGCAGACGAUUUCGGUGCUUUCGGCCUGGUCUGCCGUCUUGUUUGCCAUUCCUGCGGAAUCGGACGCUUUGGCAAUUGUUGCAACGUUACAGGGCUUCCUGGACGGUGCCGCUGGCGGCGAGGACCUCGAGCCAUCCGACAUCGCUUCGUCCGAUCUUCGCCAGCGCAUGCAAGCGCUGUUGUGUGCCGAGGCGGUUCAACUUCUUGUGGGCAGGAUCAAAAACAAAGAGUUCAAAACAGCCUCUGUUCAAGUCCAGCGCGAAUGGGCCAGUUUGACGCUUUCCUUGCUCCCGCGCAUUGAAAGUCUGCUUGUGAAUGAGCCUUCUGUUCAAGCACAAACCGACAAGACGUGCCAAUGGAUUUCGAGUUUGACGGCUGUUGCACAUUUCAUCGUCCAGGUCGUUGUGCGCGUGCCUUCAGCGGAUGAGGGCGGCUUGGGCACGGACGUCGCCAGCUCGCUGUUUGCGACGCUCGAAGAUGCCGAUGUGCGCUCUUCUUCCACACUUGGCAAAGUGAUCAGUUUCAUCAACAGCCUGCUGCAGGGAUUGACGGAGCAGUUUGAAAUUUGCGCCAUUUGCCAGGCUGAGGCAGGCGAGGUCUAUCUCCCCUGUGCUUGCAAGCGGGUGUACUGUCGCCAGGACUUGGAGGAACACUUGCACCGACGGCCCCAGGAGUGUCCCCUGCGCCAUGACCUUAGGCCAUUUGUCGGCGAAAAGAUUCUUGCUUUGAGCCCCGAGAGGAUUGCCGCUUUGAAUCAGACGGCAAACAUCUAUCGGCGGACUGUCCAGAUGUUUGAGGUGCAGUUGUUGCUCGAAUCGAUCUCCUCCAGUGGCUUGGCCGAAAGUCAACUCGCUCCGCCGCGUGGCUUCUCUCCAGCGUCGUUGGCCGUGCUGGUCAAGUUUGUACUCGAACUCAACGACGAGGCGGACGCAGUUCGGCCACGCCCGGGUCAACGCAGUAUGCUGCUAGGCGUUGUACUGCGUCGUUUGAUUGCAGAGCUGAACUGGCGCGAAGAGGCCGAGCUCACUGUGCCCAGCGCACUGGCCGAUGUUUUUGUCAAGACACUCAGCCUCAGGUCUCGUUUCGGCACUCAAAACAAGAUUCUUCUCCCAGUGCAGCAGGACUCGAUCUGUUCCCUGCACGGCACAGUCCACGAUCUGCCCAUCAACGAAGACUUGGUGGAUGCCGGCGCCUCCUAUCGUGGACCUCUCGCUGUCAGCAUUGUCGAGAGUCUUGAGCAAGCCAUCGUGCAACACGUCACAGAUAGCACGCCGCCAGCUUCCGUCCAGCGCCUCGCAAUGAUUUCCAAGUGUUUGAGCACUGCAGCUGCCGGCCUUCCAGAAGCAAGUGAGUGGUUUGGAGCACUCGCCUGCUGGCCUGCUGCGCCCGUGCAUACUGCGAAGGUGACGUUCAGCGGGCUCUGGUUGCUUGGAUUUGUGCGCGCGAGCCUGGCCUUAUGUGCCGACGAGCUGUUCGCGAUCUCGUUGCGCCGCUUUGCUUGGGGCGAGUGGCUCCAGCCACAUCUUGAUCUGGUGCUGAAACACCUCGCUCGUUUGUGCUUGUGCACACCCCACUCACCAACUGCCGACGGGUUGCCGCUUCGAGCACUCUUUUUCAAGCACCUCAUGGCGACUCACGGCGUUCCAGCCGUUGACGCAAUCUUUGAGCACAAUGGAUUGAAGGAUGGUCUCGCCGAGCUGCUGCCCGAGCUGACCGCCGAGUCCAGGCUGCUCCGCGCACCUGUGCAUCUCCCGGGCGGCCUGAACGCCAGCUAUGUGUACGGCGAGAGUCACGUGAAUGCCUUGGUUGUCUCGUGUGAAACGGGAGCACUCGCGCCAUGGACGGCGACUUUCGACUUGGAAUCCAAGUCUUUCGCUCAAUUUGUGUCCUCUUCCCUGGCAAUCCACUUUGUCGCCACCCAUUUGCACUUGCGAGCAUUGAGUCAAAGUUCGGUCAUUGUGCCUGGGGACUACAGUAUCCCGAUUCCGAUUCAGCAAGAGCUGGUUCGCGAAGCAGCCGACAAGCUUCUCGAAUAUGUGCCUCAAGUCGCUCUUUCCGACCGCGCGUCGCCAAACUCGGAAGCCGUCACCGUUAUGACUGACUCGGCUCGCGUGCUCCGCACCCUCAUUCUUGCAAUGAGCAACAGCGACCGGUCAAAUGUCAGCAACUUUGCUUCCGUGGACGAUUCCGGCUCGUUCUCUUCCGUCUUCGCAUUGCAUGCCUUGCAGCCCAGCAUUCGCUCACUUGCAUUUGCUGUUGCGAUUCACGCAAGCGUCGGCGCAUUGUCGGCUCGCUCAUGGCUAUUGAGUCCGUUGGUCACGUACGGAACGUCUCCGUCGAAGCUUUCUCACAGCUUCAUGCCGGGCAUGGGCGCUCUACACCCAUCAGUGCGCGGUCAAGUUGAUCUUGACGCUUCGCCACGAGAUGCUGCAGUGUCACGGUUUGAGCUAGCCGUGCCCCACCUGGUCGAGAGGCGAGAUCGCCUUUCGGCUAGCGAGCGCGAAGUCCAUCGGCGCAAGCAUUCGCUUGAUCCUCCCAACGUUCGCCAGGAGGAGGCGGCUUUGCUGCAAGCCGGCUUUGACCUGCUGCUGAUUGAAGGCCAUAUUCCGCUCCUGCAGCCGGUCGACCUGCUCGUCAUCCGAACCAUCAUGCACGGCCUUUUGACCACUGUUAGCUGUCUAGAUCCAUCGUGGGCAGAUGCUCUGGGUCGCGUUGUUGAGGAAAGGCCUUUGGCGAGAGGAGACCCAAUUGCUGGCUUCUUUGAAGCACACCUGGAGCGUGAUUUGCAAAGUCUCGCACAGUUGCUUGACACAUCCGUGGACGACGCUGCGGUGUUGAUCCAUACGGUCGUCGAAGGCUUUGGCAAGCACAUUGAUGCAUCGGACGAAACCCGCAUCUUCCACACAUACAACGCGCUCACGUCUCGACGUAGCCCGAACUCUGGCUCCCGUACGUUCGACUCUGUGGCCGCAGCGAUGCAGCAAUCGCCUUUCAGUAUGCUCGAGAGCUGCGAACGCCGAACGGCGUGGGAAGUGUGCUUUGCAGCGACGUACAUUGCCCCCGCUUUGAAGGAGUUGCGCUGCAAGAAGAACCUCCUGACUGUCAGCAUCCCAGAGAGGCAUCUUCACAACCACGCCGGAGUGUACGAGCUUGCCAACGUCAGUGCCGACAAUGUGCCCUGGUCCUCAGCGCAUUACUCGCCCCUGCGACUCCGCGCCGGCCGAACUGCAUCCCGUGCGUCCUUGGCGCUCGCAUCGCGCGUGCAUGUUGACCGUGGCGUGAGCGAUUUCAAUGUUUCGCUCUCCUAUCUUGAUCUGCCAUCCAACGCGGCGGCCAUUGUUCUCAUGCGAUAUUCGCAACUGUUCGCUUUGACGGCGAAGCUCCCGGCUCUGAUUGCCUUGCAGCACACCGUGGCCACAUCGUUUGACAAGGUGCUUUAUGCUGAUCAUUUGACUCAGCAGGAAGAUCCGCGACAGCAGCGCCCCCGAUCUGCGCUGGAAUCUCGGCUUGCAGCAGGUCAGCUCGAAACGGCAAUGCAGCAACUUGACGAGCUGCAGGCCACGUGGGCUCGUCUGAAAACCUUGUUACAAAGCCACUGGCCCGUGUCGGUGCCUGCAUCUCUGCAAAAACGGGACGUAUCUCAGCUGCUGGACCUGCUCCCGCUGGCGCCUGCUCGUGCUUGGCAGCUCUUCUCUGAACAGUCUCACUGGGCCACGGUGGACGACCAAGCGCAGCCCUGGUCGGUGCUUCCGUUUGUAAUCUUGACCCUUGCAGAGGUGCACAAUAUUGGCGCUCGCCUGCUCCAUCGAGCCGCAGGGAACGACGCGGAUUCACCACAAUCCGUUUUGCUCACUGAAUUGAAGCCGAUCGAUCUAUUGGCGCACGGGCGGAUUGAUCAGGCCAUCGACUUGUCGUUGCAAUCGGGCAUUCACGAAUCUCUCCAAAUUGGACGAGGAUCGGAGCUUGGAGUGGACAUGGCCGAGUUGCAGUCCAACUUGUUCUUCUUGCUCGUCGCAGACCGGCCUGUGAUUGCGCUUCCAACUGUCCCGUCGCAACAGCAGCCGCAGCAGCGUGCAGCUCCAGGAGCUUCUGCCGCGGCAGGCAGGCAGAUUGCAACCUGCCCAUGGGUGUUCUCAUUCUGUGGUAGCUCGGAUGUUUUCGAUGGCGAUUCGGCCGUUCUCGCAGAGCAAGUUCCGCAAGCGUCGCUUCGCGUUGCUGACAUUGAAGCCGUCGUGACAGAGUGCCACCACGAUCUCGUUGAUGUCAGCAACUUGUUACGAGUGUUGGAGAUGGCUGCUGGCUUCUUGCAGGUGACGGGUGGUAGCCCGACCGAGCGGCUGGUCAACUACCUUCGAAACACUUGUUUGCUUCAGGAGAACAAUGUCCAGUCGGCGUCUCCUGCCGCUGCUUCGUCCUCGGCGGCAUCGCAGUCAUUCCCAUCGCCUGCCCAGCGAAGCAUGGCUGGCGCCAGAGUGUCUGCGAGAAUCGCCAGUGUCUUUGAAUCACGCGUGAUUUGCCUGCAGCACAUCCAAGCUCUUUCCUCAGGACUGGCUCUCUGGCGUGCAGCGCGCCUGUCUUCUACGGAUUGUCAGCCCUUCGCAGCCAAUUCAAUGCUAGGGUCCGUUGUGGCCGACACUCUGGUCAAAGCGCUCAAAGAUAUUUCCCCAAAUUCUUGCUGGACGCUGCAGUUGGCAUUGUUUGAGCUGCUACGCAAACGUAUUCGACGAGCGCCAGUUGGUCCUCAGCUCCAGUACGUCACGCCACUUAUUGAACAGUUGCGGCUGAGCAUGCGGUACUCGGACGAAGAAUGGGAGGAAUUUGCGGCCUUGCUUCCCCAGAGCAUCCGCGUGCACCAUUUGCCCCACGUCUUCAAGCUGGCCAUUUCUGUUUCGGCGUUUUCGGCAGCAUCGUAGAUCUCGUUGGUGCUGGUGAGCUCCUUUCAUGUUUUGGUGUGUUGUGUUUUGUUGUUGCUUUGUUGUUUCUUUGUUUCUUUGUUUCGUUGUUUCGUUGUUUUUGUUUGAUGAUUGUUUGUUUGUUUCUUUGUUGCUUUGUUUCUGUGUUGGUUUCUUUGUUUGUUCCUGUCAAGUGCCUUGACUCUCAAUGACGUCAAUUCUUGUCAACAUCUCUCAGAAGUUAAUUCAGCUCAGUCGUAA